AAACCUGCCUGAUAAAAUGAAGUGAUAGCGGGAGUUUACUCUUUAUAACUACCUGUAGACGAUGCUCAGGGGAAUGAGAGAAACUACAGUGUUCUGGUUGUUAGUCAGUGUUGGGCUGUUUGGACUCGUGUAUAGUGUUGGGGUUGCUUGUGUUGGCUUCAAAGAGCGCCUCUCCAAUACUCCGGAUUACGACGGCAGUUUACAAACUUCCGUCAGUGGUUCCAUGAAGUGCAAGACAUUACCAAGAAGACGAGUGUCAGGACUGCCUCAGUCACCACUUAACAAUAAUUAAGGUUAACACAAGUCAUGGCAUAUAAAAGUGACAUUAAUCAAAUAUAAAUUUCGUAAGAAGUUUUUCACGAAAAUGCGAUACGUUGACCGGAACAAUUGCCAUUUUGCGGAAAGUUAACUUGCAACUAAAACAUGGGAAGACAAAAUCUGAUGUACUAGACAUUGGGCGGAGACGUUCCUCUAGCAUUCAUGAUCUUUGCAACUGGGUGUUCUGGUGUGAAAGUGAUGUUACGGGUGCUGCAAGCUGCCCUCCUGCUGGGGGCGUCUGUGGUGAUACAAGCAGAUGACUCAGACAAUCCCAGGUGUUAUGUCAUCUGUAGCCAGAUCUGCUCUUCAGAAAAUCCGUCCUACAACCCUCAGAGAUGUGAUGACUGCUGCGGCACAGCGAGGAGACGUCAGGAGCGAGAAGAAUCCAGGAGCGAGGAGAGGGAAUGUGAAAGGAGUGGCCCUGUGCGAGAAGAGGUCAGGAGCGAGAAGUCAGGAGCCAGGAAAGAUUACAACAAUCUAGAAACAGGAAGCCGCGUCCAUCAGAAUGACAGACUGGCAGCAAUGGAAACAGCAGUUAGCGAGUUGCGAGUUAUGACUGGUGUACUACUGGUCCUGGUACUGUUGCUCUUCGUCGCCAUGGUGGGCCUCUUCCUUUAUUUCACCAACUCGCUUCCCAAGUUUCGCCUUCCAGUGCUCUUCAAAAACAAGUGUGACACAAAGGAAGUGACAAACAAACCCUGCAACGGUGUUGAUCACAACUCCACUGUAGUCAGGAUCGCUAAUUACCAGAGUAACCACCACAGCCCGAGGACAAACCGGUCAUCUGUGAAUAUGUCAUCAAAGGGUCCUACUGAGGACAUAGUGAAUCCCCCCGAAUUUCAGCCUCGGCCUUUAAGGGUCCGCCAGCCAUCUGAGUCCACCUGCCCAGACGAGAGCAGCGAUUUGCCCCAACAUGCUUAUGACAACCUUGCCCUCUCCACCUCAACUCUCCACAACACCUCCACAGACACACUGUCAGCUGCAGUUUCCACCAGUACCUUGGAGACAACGCUGCCUUCAGGUAACCAUCUUCAAUCUACAAAUGGUGAAACUGUCAUAGUAUGAAAUUUACAGGGGUUGUUAAUUUAUGCUGUUUAAGUUUACUGUUGCAAUUCUCGAAUGACCAUAAAUAUAAAACCAACAGACUCCCCAGCAACGUUUUACAUUAAGUGUGCUCAGAAUAGUAUUAAGAGUAGGUAUGAUAGAACCCAAGAUACCACAACUAAUAAAUGGCACCCAAUUUUGGAGUGGUCUCUCGACUAUCAAACAAUUUACAUUAUAAUCAAGGUAAGUGCUAAACCCAAAAGGGGCAUUAAUUAUAAUGAAGUGCUAAACCCUGGGGUAUAGGAGGCAUUCAGUCCCUUGAAUCUAAGGACAACUUAUCAACACUAGGGAAUUUACCGUGAGGCAAUUUCUUACAACGAAGAAAUCUAUGCAAUAAGCCAGCAAUUAUUCUGUUUAGUGUCUGUAAGAAUCUGCACAGAUGACAUUUGAGACCUAAAUGUUUUCAGUUUAUAAGAGUAGAGCAAAAUCUCACCAGUUGAGUAGUGUACUUCACAUAAAAUUAUCUUGGAAUUUAAUUUCUGCACCAUAUUAACAAGUGGAGAGGUCCAGUUCACACAUUAAAUUUGUAUCUUAUGCUAGUCAUGUUAUGAACCUUGAAAAUUUAAAUUGUUUAAGAUAUUAAUAACAAAUCAAACUCCAAACCCAUAAGGGUCAUACAGUUCUGUCAAACAAAUAUACAAAAGGUUUUUAACUAAGUGCUAACAGUAAAGGCAUUAUUCUGUAAAAUCAUUGAGUUAAGUAAUUAGCAUUUGUUGGCUUACCUGGCUGCUGUGUGGCACUUUCUCUUUUAUAUAUGCAUAUCCUUCACCAGAAAAUAAAUCCAGAUAUAGAAUUACACUGCAAAUAUGGAGGUAUACUGCCAUAGGCUUUUCUCUUUGGAAUUGUAUGAAACUGUACCUGCUCAAUUUUUUGAAACUAUUUACAUGCAUAUAAUUAUAGUUAUAUUUCAUGGGGAAAUGCUAAACCUCUUACAGCAGUACAUGGGGAAUGGGAGGUAAUUAGAUCCAAUGAAGGAGUAACUGAAAUUUCUUAAGAUCAGGACCCCCUCAGGGAAAGUUUCUCGAUGCUGGAAUUGGCCCUGUUCUUUCCUUUCCUGGAUCAAACCUGAUUACUUAACAUUCUCGUAGUGCUAUAUAACCCCUCGCCCCCUGUGGGUUAAGCACUUCACCCUAAAUUUAAGAGCAAGAGCCUUUCAACAUCAAGGACAUGAAUAUAAUUAUCAUUAUAUUCAUAAAUAUUAUUACAUUCACUGAGGGGGCAUUAAAUCUGUAAGUCUUCAUAUCACUUGUGACUUCCUGUUUAACAAGAUUCUCAUCUAUAAAGCUACAGUCUUUCUCCGUCCAAUCUUGUUUUAUAUAAACCACGUUCAGUUGAGGGUUCCCUCGGGUGUGUGUACAUAGGUCAACAGAGAAAUGUGUACAAAGCUUACCUCUCACUGGUUACAAAGAAAAUAUGGAAUAUAUUAACACAGUCUGUAUAGCAAUAAUGCUAAAAUAACAAUAAAAAAAAAAUGCUAAAUAUAUAUACACACAGUAAGGUUGUCUAAUUCCUUGGACCAAGAGCCCCUUAUCAGCAUCAAGAAACCUCCCUUAACCCGUAAACGGUCCAAACGUAUAUAUACGUUUUUUCAACAUUUGAAAGUAUGUAAAAAAAGUAUUUUUUUUUUUUACAUUUGAAAAUGUGUAAAAAAUCUUCGAUUCUUUUUUUUUUUUUGUUAUAUUUGAAAAUAUGUCAAAAAAACGUAGAUCUACUUUUGGAGCACUACACAUGUGAACGUAGAUCUGCUUGGACCGUUUACGGGUUAAGGGGAAUGUAUUGUACAUGUAUAAAAUAGGGAGGUACCACCUCUAGUAUUGACAACUGGCAGGGGAGCCUUGAAGAGAAAUGUACUUACAGAAAAAAAAUCUGCCAGUUUCUCCCCAGAGGAAUUAAAAGUAUUUUCUUUCCCUACCAUCCAGUAUGAGAAAUUUUUUGAACUUAAAGUAAAUAUAUUUAAAAGUACAUUGGAAAUGACAACUACUGUGACAUCACAAAAUGUAUGUAUCACACUUAAUCCAGAUAAUUUGGUAAUUAUAUGUAAUAUAUAUAUAUCACUGCAUUUUUAUAUGGUAUUACUUGGUUGAAAAGUAUACACAGCUUUUUAAAUUAAUACAGUAUUUGUAUGUGACUACAUGUUUUAUAAUUUUAUAAGUUUUCAUAAAAUUAAUGCAAUAAAGGGUAUUUGUUCAUGCUCGUGUA